CGCUGGGGGGCGCGUUUUCACAUUGACUGGGGCUGCGCAUUUCCGCAGCAACAGGGAAGAUGGCUGCGCUCACAUCGCUCUCUCAGUUUUCAAGUGGGAACCCGGUGUAUGAGAGCUACUACAGACAGGUUGACCCCGGAAACACGGGUAGAGUGGGCCCCACGGAAGCAGCGCUGUUCCUCAAGAAAUCUGGCCUUCCUGACAUCACCCUGGGAAAGAUUUGGGAUCUGGCAGACCCUGAUGGAAAGGGCUUUUUGGACAGACAGGGUUUCUACAUGGCCUUACGCCUGGUGGCCUGUGCACAGAGUAGCCAGGAAGUCAGCCUAGCCAGCCUGAGCCUGAGUGUCCCACCUCCCAAGUUUAAGGACACUAGCAGCCCCUCACUGAGCACGACGCCGUCUUCCACUGACCCCCGCUGGGCCGUCAGACCAGAGGAAAAGAGCAAGUUUGAUGGGAUUUUUGAGAGCCUCGUGCCCGUGAGCGGCCUCCUGUCGGGUGAGAAGGUGAAACCGGUGCUCAUUAACUCCAAGCUACCUCUCGACGUCCUGGGAAGGGUCUGGGAUCUCAGCGACAUAGACAAAGAUGGACACUUGGAUAGAGAUGAGUUUGCAGUGGCCAUGCACCUUGUGUACCGAGCCCUGGAGAAGGAGCCGGUGCCCCCCGUGCUUCCUUCCUCCCUCAUCCCCCCCUCCAAGAGGAAGAAGCCAGCGGUGGGGCUCCCGGGCUCCGUCCCCGUGCUGCCGGCCAGCCCCCCACCCCCCAAGGACAGCCUGCGUUCCACGCCGUCGCAUGGCAGCAUGAAUUCGCUGAACAGCGCCGGGAGCCUCUCGCCGAAACACACGCUCAAGUCGUCACAGCAUUCGGUGAACUGGGUGGUGCCUGCAGCAGACCGUGGCCGCUACGACGAGAUCUUCCUGAAGACGGACGCCGACAUGGACGGCUAUGUCAGCGGCCAGGAGGUCAAGGACAUCUUCAUGCAUUCGGGUCUCCCUCAGAACAUGCUGGCACAUAUCUGGGCCCUGGCCGACACCAGGCAGAUGGGGAAGCUGACGCGGGAGCAGUUCUCCCUGGCCAUGCAUCUCAUCCAGCAGAAAGUGAGCAAAGGUGUAGACCCUCCACAGGCCCUCACACCCGACAUGAUCCCGCCAUCAGAGAGGGGCACACCCGUCACUAACCUCUCAGGCUAUAUGACUCCAGUAGGAUCUGAAAUGGCUGCACUAACAGACAUGCGCCGUGACAGCACAAGCUCAGUUGGAUCUGGGGAGUUCACUGGCAUCAAGGAGCUUGAUGACCUCAGUCAGGAGAUAGCACAGCUUCAAAGGGACAAGUACACGUUAGAGCAGGACAUCAGGGAGAAGGAGGAGGCUAUCAGGCUGAAGUCCGCCGAGGUCCAGGAGAUGCAGAAGGACCUGGAUCGGGAGACAUGCAACUUGCAGGAGCUGGAGGCCCAGAAACAGGAUGCCCAGGACCGGCUGGAGGAGAUGGACCAGCAGCGGGCCAAGCUGGAGGACAUGCUGAGUGACGUGCGGCAGAAGUGCCAGGAAGAGUCUCAGAUGAUCUCUUCCCUGCAGGCCCAGAUCCACUCGCAGGAGUCCAGCCUGCAGAGCCAGGAGGAGGAGCUGAGCCGGGCCAAAGCGGACCUGAACCAGCUCCAGCAAGAGGAGACCCAGUUGGAACAAAGCAUUCAGGCUGGCAAGGUGCAACUGGAGACCAUCAUCAAGUCUCUGAAGUCCACACAGGAAGAGAUCAACCAGGCUCGCAGCAAGCUGUCGCAGAUCCAGGACAGCCAGCAAGAGGUGACCAAGAGUAUCGAGCAGUACAACAACGCACUGAAUGGCACCCACGGUGGCAGCAUGACCAACCUGGCGGACAUGAGCGAGGGCUUCUCCGAGAAGGAGAACGGCGGCGUGGGGGUCGUGGAGGAGCCCUUUAAGGCCAAGACGUCGGCGUUCAACAGCAACCCGCCGGAGCUGCACACGGACCCCUUCCACUCCGAGGACCCCUUCAAGUCCGACCCUUUCAGAGGGGAUCCUUUCCAAACUGAUCCUUUUGCCAAGCAGCCGCCCACCAGCACAGAUCCUUUUGGAGGAGACCCUUUCAAAGAAAGCGACCCUUUCAAGUCCUCCUCUGAAGACUUCUUCAAAAAGACCGUCAAGGCAGACCCCUUCACCUCCUCUGACCCUUUCAGUAAAAGUGCCACACUCCCCACUAAGUCCAGCCACUUUCCCGGAAGUGACCCUUUCACCUCUACAAGCCCAAAACUGAAGGGGCAAGAUCUCUUUGGGACGCUUGACCCGUUCGGAAGCAGCUCCUUCGGCGGCAGUGGGGGCGGAUUUGCCGACUUCAGUCAGAUGUCCAAGGGCUUCUCGGAGGACCCCUUCAGCAGGAAGGCGGAUACCCCGGCGUUACCGCCCAAGAAGACCGUGCCCCCGCGACCCAAGCCUCCCAGCGGUAAAACUACUCCGGUAAACCUGCCCAGCACAGGAGAUUCGUCCAAGUCGCGCGACCCCUUCCAGCCAUUCGGUGGCGAUGCCAGUGACCCCUUUCAAAGUAAAAAGAGCUAUGGAGACCCGUUUAGUGGCAAAGAUCCUUUCGCACCAUCCUCCACAAAUUGUCAUAAUGUGUCCCAACACAAUGGUGUGUGAACUGCAGGACCAGACCCAGCAUGGAGGCAAGUAAGAAACAACAAGUGAGGAAGAGGAUUUCCCUACCAAGACGAGGAUGGUAAAUGUGGCCACGUCUCUCCUACUUCUGCCUUCCAAUGCUGACAGAAACUCUAAGACCAGUGACAUGCUUUGUUUUUUCUAUUCUAUUUGUUUGGCUUUUCCUAAAAAAAAGGUUAAAAAAAACUCCAGUAGAUGGCAGCCUUUUCCAUGGUAUUCCUGCUUUUUAUCGCUGCGGACCUGCGUAUCGCUCGCGGCGUUUUGCUGCACAUUACAAUUGAAAAUGCACUCAGUGUAGGAUAGUCCUUAAAUAUUGAAACACAUGUCUAAUGUAAGUGCUCUGAAAACUACGGCGAUAAUACAGCAGCACUGGUAAAUGCAGUGAGAAUGAAGUUGGUUUUCGGGUGCGACGAGAAGGUGAAUUUCAGCUGGCAGUUUAGGCCAAACUAUCACAGAGAAGCACUACAGCACCACUAUCACGUGCAGUGUCUCCGGAAUCUGAGCCCCUUUGAUCUGCGUGUCAUUUUACACAUGGUUUCUAAAUUCAUUUUACAACAUUUUAUUAUAAGACCGAACCCCAACCCCUGCUGAAACUUUGUUUUUAUUGCCUGCUUUUUGGUUUUUAUUAACCGACGUUGGAUUACUUAUUAAAACUCUCCAAAGUCUAGCUGUUAAAUUCGACUGCUGAAAUGCUCUAUUUCUGCUCUAGCUAGCAGUUAUAACAGGGUGACAAUCCCUUUGAAUAAGCUUUCUCUGGAUUGUAAUGCAUUCAUAGGCUUUAAUAUUGGCCAUCACAAUGCCAUGUUUCAUAUCUGCAUGAUUUUCCCCAAAUUCGACUCAUUUAUAAGACAGUGUUGCAUUGUUUAUCAUUAGCAAAACAAUGGGAUGGAAGUGAUAAGUAAAUUAGUAUCUUUUGACUCAGAUGUUGCUUUGGAGUCCAUGAUGAAUAUGGUAAUUCUCUUCAUUUUUUCUAGUCCUGUGUAGACUGUGCAUUACAGGUAACCAGUAUGCCUAAUGUACCCUGAAACAAUCUUGUCCCUUACAGUCCUACGGAUUGUGUGCGUUCCAGUUCCUAGUGCAGUGAUCACUCUUCAUUUUAAAAUGAUGGGCUGUGUUCAAGAUGACAAGAUCUUCCAGCAUUAUGCUCAUGUGAACCUGAAAUGUGCAAUGUUCGGUAAAUCUGCGGUUCUGGUUAAGCCGGGCGAUCACAUGAUGUGAUCGUGCAAAUGCAUGUAUAGUUGAAGCCUCCUUUGCGUCUGCGUGGAAACUGGGCCGGUGCCCCUAACCUGUAGGCCACGCUUCAGAUGGUCCACACUUGCGAGUGAAAGUUGUAGUAUGGCUUUUUUUUUUCUUUUAAAAUAAGAGAAAUGAGAGUUCUUCAUUUUUCACUUGACAGAGUUUUCUAUAAUUACUCAUUUUAUUUCCUCUUUUUGAAUUCACGUAAAAUUUUUAAGUAAAUAUUAUUUAGUGGCAGCACGUUCUGAGUUGCUGAUGUUGCACAUUUUCUAACCGGCUGCUCUUACUUACACACACAGGUAGAUGGAAUGACUUUUCUACAUUUUUGGGUUGGUUAUGGUCGCCAUCAACGCAUCUUGAUAUUCACGUUAAAGCAAACCCUUAUCUGUUAAGAUGAACGGAGAGUGGUUGGUCCACCUUCAGCAUUUGCUUUCAGUCUUACUUGAAUGAUUAAUUUAAUUGUCUUUAUAUUUUUAUUGUGAUUGCCAAACUUUUUUUUUUUUUUUUACCAUUAAUUAUGUUUAUUUUGAAAUACACUUUGUCUGUUGGACUGCUUAGAGUAAACUUAAUUUCGCCAGCCUGC